AUGGCUGAAACCACCGCGGCGGCGGCGCGCUUCCCCUCAAUUGAGAAAUGCGACCUCUCCAGCUCGAACCGCCACUCAAUCGCGGCGGAUCUCGACGGAACGCUCCUGAUCUCCCGCUCCUCCUUCCCUUACUUCAUGCUCAUGGCGAUCGAGGUCGGCAGCCUCCUCCGCGGCCUCAUCCUCCUACUCGCCUUCCCGCUCAUCGCCGUCGCCUACGUCUCCAGAUCCGACACGCCUUCGUUCAGCUCCACCACGCCCAACAGCGUGCUCCCCUCCAUCUCCAUUGUGGAAGGCAACGUUGUUGAUGAGAUGGAGAGGCGAAUACAGCGGCUGGAGGCGAUCGCCGCCGACUACCUUGCGAGGUUGAAUCGGGCAUGGCUGCUUAUGUCUCAAUUCGAGACGCGUCACUACAGCAACGCCGACGUUGUUGAUGAUGGACAAUUAGAUGACUGCUGCAUAUGUCUCGAGCGUCUGCACCGUGGGCUCGUUGCGACUUUACACUGUCGCCACGAGUUUCACAGGGGCUGCAUAGGGAGGUGGCUCCGCCGUGGCCACAAUUUCUGCCCCCUCUGCCGCCACGACCUUUGCACCCAUUCAUUCUAG